AUGCCAUCUCUCAAUGAGUGUCUCGAUAAAGGAGAGAAUCUAAAUCCGGAACUGCUCCAGAUUCUGAUACGAUUUCGCUGGUACCCCAUCGCUAUUCACUCGGAUAUCGAAAAGGCGUUUCUUCAAAUUGAGAUACAGGAGUCUGACAGAGAUGCAUUCCGUUUUCUGUGGUUCGAUAAGGUUCCCGUUAGCCCAAGCCAUGACAUUGUGGAAUGGCGUAUGACACGGGUGCCCUUUGGGUCGACAUCAAGUCCGUUCCUUCUGAUGGCGACUAUUCAUCAUCACUUGGACAAUGUACCAGACGAAGACAAGGAAGUUCUACAGGACUUGGCAAAGAUUAUUCUGGAUGUCACAUACUGCCGAGAGAACCGUCUUGCUAACAACGACUUUUCAGACGGUGAUUCUCUAGAACGAGUCCAUGCCAUAAUCCGUAGCCUGGAACAUGUUGAGAACAUCACGAAGCACAUGGGCUUCAGCACGGUAGUUGAAGGCCUCGGUGAGGAGCUUGCCGAGUGCAUAGAAUGGCGCAAGGGAGGACUGGUCUAUAUGUUCUGCCAGAGCAAGGAGGGAGAUAACGACCACAGUUGGCUAAUGGCCAACCAGGAAACUUUUCUUGCUCUGCUGCAGCAAGGCUUGCAGCACCUGACGGCAAUGCUCAACGUUCGUCGCCCGUUGAGCGCCGAAGACGUCACGGUGCUGUCAGGGCAAAGAGACGUGCUGGAACUCCUGGAGAAAUGCAUCUACAGCUACGUGCACGCGCUGUCGCUCAUGUAUGCCGGCGAGAUGUGCUUCUGGCUGGUGACGUACUCGAAGCGGUGGGAUCGGCCGCUGGACAUGGCGCACGCGUUGCCGCUUGGUAAGCGGCUGCUGCAGGACUACAUCAGCGCUGUCGAGGGUCACUUGCAGGAUGCAGGCUGGAACUGCACCCGCGCCCGGCAACUUCUGGCACAACUGGAGGAGGAGGCGCAGUGCUGAAGCGCAGCCAGUGUGCACGGUGAAGCCGAUGCAAAUUCAAGACAAAGACAAAGCCCGACGAGAAGCGAGAUUAACGGACAUUCUUGUCGGGUGAAGGAGGAAC